GAUACACCGCUGCCCGGCCGCUGGACGCUGUUACAGCAACUGUGUCAACUUACUACCGUCGGAUCUAAAAAGGAAAACCUACUCCGCCACUUUUACGCAUUCCGGGUCCAACAGAUUUACGCGUCCACAGAGUGUGUCUUCUGUGAGGUUCUGGUCAGUUGUCUGCAUGCAGGGAAUGACGACUCAUUUUAAGACGAGCAAAGCUUUAAAGGUCAAGAAGGAGGCGGGCGAGAAUGCCCCGGCGCUCAGCGACGACGAGUUGGUGGCCAUGUCCGUGCGGGAGCUCAACCAGCACCUGCGUGGGCUGACCAAGGAGGACGUCGUGCGGUUGAAGCAGCGGCGGCGGACCCUGAAGAACCGCGGCUACGCCGCCAGCUGUCGCAUCAAACGGGUCACCCAGAAGGAGGAGCUGGAGAGACAAAAGACAGAGCUGCAGCAGGAGGUGGACAAGCUGGCCCGCGAGAACGCCAGCAUGAGGUUGGAGCUGGACGCCCUGCGAGCCAAGUAUGAGGCUCUGCAGUGCUUCGCCCGGACUGUGACCCGAGGGCCCCUCUCGCCGGGCAAAGUGGCCACCACCAGCGUCAUCACCAUCGUCAAGUCGGCCAACCACAACAACUCCAGCCCGACCCCGUUCUCGGCUCCGUCCUAGUGCUGACAGGACUGGGCUCACCUUCUCCUGCCUGGUCCUUCCUGGUUUCUGACCUGGCCUGAACCCACUCAUCCUGUACUGAGAGGAUGCUCAGUAGUUAGACUGAGGGAUGGUUAUGGGGUGGCAAGCUCUGUGUGAUAUUAUGCUGCAGUCACAAUUCUGACUCCUUCCUUCUGUUUCUCUUACACAAGCUACAUUGUCUGUGCACUGUGCAAAAAAAAAAAAAACCCUCCCUGACCCCCAGCACCGGCAGGGUAUCGGGCCUCUGUGACCCUACCUCCAUGACUGAUAGCAGAGAUUUGCUUUUACUCCAGCGUCAAGUAUUGCUUUAAUGUGGCAGCACAUGGGUUUAGGACGGCUCGGAUACGUAAAGCUAUGAGCAUAAACUGAAAGAGAUUUACACAGUACAUACAUGACAGCACAGCUAUUCCUUAGCCAAAUCAUAUUUGUUCAAUGUAAAUUGAGCCACUGAAGCUGUUGCCUUAAAUGAACCUACAAGUGAUCUAAAUCUCACACAAAACAAUGAGGUGUUAUCCUCCCAGCAUCGAGGUCACCUGUUCGUAGCCGGACUUGCAAGUGUUCUCCAACCAGAUGCCUUUGAGAAGCUGCCAAACCCAAGAGCAGAUGUUUUUUACUGAUAUGUUCCUCUUCUCUUUUAGGAGGUGCUAAGCAGUAAAAAUCACCUGUUUUAGUGUCUGGUUCAAGUGAAAACCUUCCUACAUGCAUUUCUCUGUUUGGAGAACACUGCAUGAUGCAGUUGAUAACUGACCAAUGUUUAGCGUUACACUAUUGUUUCUAUUUCUGUCUUGGUUACGCAAAGUUUGCAAAACCCUUCUUGCCAAAUAGCUUAUUUAAUCUCCAGGAAGUAAUGCCAGAGAACAGCAGCUAGUACACCCAGUAAAGGCUUUCAUACAACUGCUGAUGGAGGUCUAAUCCGGCGGUGUUGAAGUAAUAUUUUUGUGCUUUUGCUGAACUAUAUUGACUCCCCCUUGUAAAAUAUUAUCAAAGCUGGCCAUUUGUGCCUCACAUCUACAUCUAAAGGACGUGCCUCACAUCUACAGGGUGUCUGUGUCGGGUAGAUCAGAGCUCAGACUUUUUGAAUCUUGAAGUUGCUGUCAUACUCGAUUUUAGCGGAGAAGUUGCUGAAUUAGUCAGUGGGGCUGAAAGGUGUUUGCUAUGUUGUUGAAGACAUUGUUGGGAAGGUGCUGCAUGUGAUUUCGUUGGUGUGUUCGUAGCCUCUUGACUCGAGAAAUUAAUCACGAUCUCUAUGUUAUAUAGCUGUGGAACAGGUAGACAAGACUAAAAUGUAAAAUCGGAAAGUGAUUAAUGAGCGUUUUGGGCCAGAUUUGUUUGGAUUUGACAUUGAUUCGCAUUUCUCAUCAUAAAGCACUUAUAAGGAAACUGUUAAGGUACAGUAUAAAAUAAAACAGUUCACAGGGCUACUUAUUUAUAGAAUUGAAGCUGACAGAAGCUGUUCUUGCAUUUCUGUAGUUACUGGGGCUGAACUGCAUGAUGAUUAAAUGUGGUGUGACCACUUACUACAAGGUGAAGGCUAAUGGGAUGUUAAGCUCUCUGAUAUGUAUAAUGCAGCACUUACUGGCUGAUGUUUUGCCUCUUUCCUUUAUACGCCACUCUUUGGUUGGUAAUCCAUAUUGGAUGUAGUGAUAACGAGAGCGGUCCUAAUAAGUAUGAUGCAAUUCAACCUUACCUCCUGUAUAUUACAGAUUAGGGAUGACAAAGCUCCCACCCGCUUCUGUCGUCACUUACAUCGAGAACUCCGUCCAAAUAGAAAUCAUUCCUACUGCUGGGUCACGAGAAGUGCUGCUGCCGGUGUUGGUUUACUUCAGUAGCUCUAUUUUUUUUUUUUUUACCUUGCUUUUGACACACUCUUCUAACAAGAGAACUCCUGACGCCCAUCUCUAGAAACAGUGGUGUCACAACAAAUCAAUGCAGUAAACACCUUGCUCUCGUUGUACGUUUUUUUUUUGUAAUAUUUAAAUAUGAAAAAUUCACUUGAAAUCAAGCCGCUCUUACCAAGGAUCCAUUCCUAAUUUGGAGUGAAGUCAAUAGAGAUUGUUCAUGUCAGGAUUUUCUCUUGGCUAAGAGGACAUGACAGUUCUUCCCCUGUUCCAUAGCUGCAAAGAACAGUACGGGGAACUUUGCUGCUGUACAACCUGCUGUGAUUUUUUAAGCAGGGGCAUUGCUGUGUUCUUACUCUCAUUUUGUAUUUUCACUUGGGUUUCUAUGUUGAUACAUCCUAUGUUCUUUUUUCUGAUACCUAGUUUUAUAUGCAUAUACAGUAUAUAUAAAUAUAUAUAUAUAUAUAUUACAUAUUUUUCUAUAUUUAUGUAUUUUACUAUCCUGGGAGUGGUGUGACUAUGUAAUCAGUCUUUGAAGUCUAAUUAUAUCGAUGCUGACCUUUUUCUGGAAAAAAAAAGAAAAGAAAAAGAAAAAAAAAAGUUGUAUUCACAUUUACAAUGAGACAACUAUUCUCCUAAGUCUUCUCUGUGAGUGUUUAAAGCCCAUCUUCUCAGCACAUUUACUAUUUGUCUAGUAGAAUUAACAGUCUAAAAACAGGAAAAACUACAUUCUGACUGUUAGUAAGGACACCUGUCACACAUUACUGUGUAACUAAGCCAUUAUAGAAUGAUACAGAUUAAGUUGCAAAUCAAUUCACAAACGAUUUCUGGAUCAUGAAGUGCAAAAUUUACACCAACCGUUUAGAAAUCAGUGGUCUUAAAUACUGAAAAUGACUGUACAUAUUUCAACACUGCCUGAGGUUAGGACUGCCUAAUAUCAACCAAACGUUCAGUUUGCAGUCGGGAUUUGUUUUUUUUUUAGGUUGCAUUAGUUGAUGACUUAAUAAAAAAAACAGUUUAAAAUUAAGAUGACGGUAAUGCUUUUGUAACUGUAAAGAAACCUUUACCUGAAAAUAAUUCCAAAGCUGUUUCAGACUAUUCACCCAGACCUCUCACAGUUCAGGUCUGUUUUAAAGCCUGAGAACGAGUGCACAUGUGUUUACAGUAGUCAUGUUUUUUUGUUUUUUCCCCCCCAGCACAUUUAAAAGAUGCCUGAAAGCAUUUUCUGCAAGGCAUUACAGUGACCUCUUGUGGUAAGGUUUCAAAACAAAAUGAUGUUAAACGAGGCCUUGUUUAAUCGUAGCACUUAUUACUGCAUUCGAGUCUGUGCGGCUUUUUUUUCAUAAGCACACCUAAAUAAAUUUUUUUUUAAAAAUGUUAAAGUAUAUAUUUCUAUUCUGUGCCAAAUAAAAGACAAACCUUUCUCUGGGUGAAUGAA